CGCGGGGCUGCGCCGGGCGGGAUCGCUAUGGCAGCGGCGUCGCCGUGAGGCCGGCCUCCGUGCUCGCGCCCGGGCCGGGCAGCCUCCGCAGCCGCCGACACCGCAGCGUCUCGGGCAUGAGCGGGACCUUCCACCGCGGCCCGCUGCCCUACCCGCCUGCACCGCCGCAUCCCAACAGUAGCCCCGCGCUGGGAACAUGCCCUUGGCCGCCUACUGCUACCUGCGGGUCGUGGGCAGGGGUAGCUACGGGGAGGUGACGCUCGUGAGGCACCGACGGGACGGCAGGCAGUAUGUCAUCAAAAAACUGAACCUCCGAAAUGCCUCCAGCCGAGAGCGGCGAGCUGCUGAACAGGAAGCUCAGCUCUUGUCUCAGCUGAAGCACCCCAAUAUUGUCACCUAUAAGGAGUCUUGGGAGGGAGGGGAUGGUCUGCUGUACAUCGUCAUGGGCUUCUGCGAAGGAGGUGAUCUGUACCGAAAGCUCAAGGAGCAGAAGGGGCAGCUUCUGCCUGAGAGUCAGGUGGUGGAGUGGUUUGUUCAGAUUGCCAUGGCUCUGCAGUAUUUACAUGAAAAACACAUCCUUCACCGAGAUCUGAAAACUCAAAAUGUUUUCCUAACAAGAACAAACAUUAUCAAAGUGGGUGACCUAGGAAUUGCCCGAGUGUUAGAGAACCACUGUGACAUGGCUAGCACCCUCAUUGGCACACCCUACUACAUGAGCCCUGAAUUGUUCUCAAACAAACCCUACAACUAUAAGUCUGAUGUUUGGGCUCUGGGAUGCUGUGUUUAUGAAAUGGCCACCCUGAAGCAUGCUUUCAAUGCAAAAGACAUGAAUUCUUUAGUUUAUCGGAUUAUUGAAGGAAAGCUGCCGCCAAUGCCGAAAGAUUAUAGCCCAGAGCUGGCAGAACUGAUAAGAACAAUGCUGAGCAAAAGGCCUGAAGAAAGACCCUCUGUGAGGAGCAUCCUGAGGCAGCCUUAUAUAAAGCGCCAAAUAUCCUUGUUUCUGGAGGCCACAAAGGCAAAAACCUGCAAAAAUAAUACUAAAAAUGGUGACUGUAAAUCCAAGCCUGUUACUACAGUGGUUUCUGGAAAGGCUGAAUCAAAUCAGGAAGUAGUUCCCUUCCACCCACACUCUUCUGAGGGCUCCAAGACAUAUGUAAUGGGUGAAGACAAAUGUUUAUCCCAGGAGAAACUCAUAGUUGUUGGCCCCUUGAAGACACCUACAAAUUUGAAAGGCCACACUUCCAAACCAGACAUGAACACUACUUCAGAAUCGCUAGCCACAAUCAGUAGGGUGAAUAUUGACAUCUUACCUGCAGAAAGGAGGGACUCGAGCAACAGCUUAGUUCAAGAGAAUCAACCAAGACAUUUAGAUGCCUCUAAUGAGCUAGAAGGUAAAUGCAGUAUUUCUCAAGUGAAGGAGAGCCUGCAGCAUAACACUAAGUCCAGCGCUCAGCCAGGAAACCUGAUUUCCACAUGUGUGUCUGACAGUGUCACUGGGGAAAAGAAUGACCCAGUGAAGCCUCUGCAGCCUCUAAACAAAGACCAAAAGCCGAAAGACCAGGAUCGAGUUGCUGGUGAAUGUAUUACAGAAAAACAGGACAGAGUCUACCCAGGUUUACAGCCACACAGCUCUGGAUCUGAACCUUCUCUGUCUCGACAACGACGGCAGAAGAAGAGAGAACAGACUGAGCACAGUGGGGAAAAGAGACAGUUCCAAGAGGCUCCUCCUCGACUUUUACCUUCUCUUCCCACUGUUGGAAAAGUGGAUGACACAUUAACACAAAGGGAUGCUGAAAACCGCAGUAGAGUGGUCACUGGAUCUGUGAGCAGUUCAAGGAGCAGUGAGAUGUCAUCAUCAAAGGAUCGACCAUUAUCAGCAAGAGAGAGGAGGCGACUAAAGCAGUCACAAGAAGACAUAUUCCCCUCAGGCCCUUCAGUGAGGAGAGCUUCUCUCAGUGCAGCGGGGCCAGGGAAAAUACAAGAGGAAGGCCAGCACUCUGCUGCCGGAUGGUUGUCUUCUGACUGCAGUGUUGCUCAGGAAAGGAAACUCACCCGUUGUCUCUCUGAGGAUGAGUUAAGUUCUUCUGCAAGUUCAACGGAUAAAUCAGACGGUGAUUCCAGGGAAGGGAAAGGUCAUACAAAUGAAAUGAGUGACUUGCUACAAUUAAUGACUCAGACCCUAAAAUUGGACUCUAAAGAGAGCUGUGAAGAUCUCCCAGUACCAGAUCCAGUGUCAGAAUUUAAACUUCAUCGGAAGUAUCGGGACACACUGGUACUUCAUGGGAAAGUUGCAGAAGAGGCAGAAGAACUCCAUUGCAAAGAGCUGCCUUCAGCUAUCAUGCCAGGUUCUGAAAAGAUCAGAAGAAUAGUUGAAGUCUUGAGAGCUGAUGUGAUCCGAGGUCUGGGGAUUCAGCUUUUGGAGCAGGUAUAUGAUCUUUUGGAAGAGGAGGAUGAAUUGGAGAGAGAGGUACAUUUGCGGGAGCACAUGGGUGAAAAGUAUACGACUUACAGUGUGAAAGCUCGCCAGUUGAAAUUUUUUGAAGAAAAUGUGAAUUUUUGAGAAUUUAUUCUAGUCUACUGCCAGAACUAAAGACCUAUUUUCAAAGGUUUUUGGCUUAAACAAAAACAAACCCAUAACAAUGGCUGGAGGCCAUUCACCAUCCUUACGUCUCUUUGGGGUAUUUUUACUGGAAAAAAAUUGGACAGAACAGCAUAAUAUGAAACAAGCUCACAAAAGAAAGGAAAAAACCUUUGGCUAUUUUACUCACUUUAUGAGGAAAACUCUGUUAUGUUUAUUUGGUUACUGUUUACUGAGCCUUUAACCACCAACUUUAUAUCUAGAACUUUAUUUUUUUAAGGUACUAAUUAGUUUGAAUACAGGGCCAUAAAAUGUCAGAUGAGAAGUUUUAUAUUGUACUGUAGUGAUAAAAGCAAUAGGAAAAAUAAAUGACAUAUGUCUAGUGAUA